AUGACAUCAAUUCGUCCAUUUUCACAAUUAUCUCGAUUUAUUGUAUCAAUUGGUGUUAUCGGUCUUGUUCUUAAUGAUUUACUUGUUGUUAAUGGUGUUACUCAUCAAACAUGGUGUUUUCUUCAUCAACUAUUUCUUCAUUUGUUAUUAAUAACAAUAGUUAUAGGUCAUGUAUUACCUGAUAUCUAUGAAUAUACAAAUCAAUAUUCUCAUCGAUGUGGUAUUAUAUUUAGUUUUAUUAUUUUACUUGUUAUUCAAUUAUUGAUUUCAAUGCAAUGGUUAAAAAAUCAUAAUAAUUCAUCUAAUAUUAAAUUGAAUCUACCAAUUCUUUGUCUUAGUAGUAUUCGUCCACAAAUAUUAAUUUUUAUUGUUCAUUUACUUCAUCUUAUAUUUACUAUUCAAUCUAUAUGUACACCAAUCAUUCUUGAUGAUACUAAUUCUAUAUCAUCCAUAACCAUAUACAUAAAUGAAAAAUUUUGUCAAUUAUAUAGUAUUCUUGUACGUCUAUUCUAUUUUACUGGUACAUCAAUUCUUCAUAUAUUCUUCUUACCAGGACAAUUUUCAGGUACUUUAUAUAGUGGUAUAUUAGUUAUCGAAAUUGUACUGAAAUAUUUAAUUAUCGUCUAUUAUUCAAAUGUAAGAUAUGAAAGAAAUAUUGCUGAUCGUAAUAAUAAUACACCAUAUUUAAGUUUAAAAAAUGAUGAUCUUAGUGAUGAUACACGAUUGCUCAAUAAUAUUGACUGA